AUGGCGAAGCGACGGAAAUCGAAGGAAACCGAAAAAUCUCGGUCAGUACCGCCGAGACGAGGCCGGACUCUCUGCUGCUGCAGCUCCAUCGGCGCCACUCUCUCCCCUGCCGACCCGAAACAGCUUCUCGCCUCGCCCACCAGCUCCUGCUAUGGUAUUUUUAUAUAUUUCAUCCACUUAACACGGCUUUUAACAGUUUGAUCGCAUGCAAGAUUGCAUAACUCCUUGCGGACCCUUAAGGAAUUUCGAAGGCUUUGUUGUGACCGUUUCGCAGCCGCGACGCGUUGAGCCAUUCCGCAUGCGACCGAGGUCUUCCGGGGCUGAUGGGUUAAUCACUGCGUAAUCAUGAUUAUAGCUUUAUCACGCUUUUUUGUAUAGAGCUCACCAGUACUUCACAUUAAUAUUUUUCCUUCCUGUCAACUUUUUCCAAUUAUGAAUCUAGCGAUUUCGAGGCCUUUCUGACCGAGCGCAAGCAUAGUCCAUUAAUGGCUAUCUUGGGAAGUCUCAGUUUUCCUUCAGCUUCUUGUUUAGAUUCGUUGGAAACCUUGUUUUCAACUUUUUUUUUCUGAAAGUUUGAUUUUACUUCAGAUCAAUUCAAUUCUUGGUCCCGUGGUUGAGGCUUAUUCGUGUCUCAAAUUUUUUCAGGUCUAUGGAAAAGGCUAGUUAAUUAACUUCCAAUUCAUAAUGAACUAUUGAAUUUUGUGUUCCUGUUCUCAUAUUCACAGAAAAAUCGACUAUUUUCAAACUUUGUUUCGAUUUGAAAAUCUGCAUCUCCUUCAUUACUAGUUUGUCGAGCUUAAAUUGGUUGGAGAAAAUCUAUUUGUCUGAAAGUUUGAUUAUUGCUCAAACGGUAGACUAAAAGGUCUCGCAAACGUGAGAAAGACGCCUUUUUUAGAAUAAUUUUCGUUUUUUCUUCUCACGAUUGGACACUCCAUAAUUCAUAGAAUAGUGUCAGUUUCCUUGCUUCCUGCGAAGAUUUCACGUUAUAUCGAACGUCUUCUGUGACUUGAGAGUUUCGGAAAACACUUCCUAUUUGAACUGACCACUGCUUUCAUCCCUACAGCCACUCUCAAAUCAUUUAUUCAUUAAUUUUUAUUAACAGUGUAUGCUUUAGGGCUUCCUCAAUUCCUCAAUAUCUUGUGUCACGCUUCCAAUGCUCUGAGAUAAUCCAUUAGGCUUUUCCGGUGUUAUCCAAAUUUUUGAGAGUAAAAAGUUGUCUUGUGAUUUCAGUGAUUAUCUUUUUCUUGCUUUCUGCAUCAAAUAUUCUUCUUCCUGCUUAGUAUCUGGAGGAUAGAGACACUUUUUCGAGUCGAAUUAUUUUAGUUAGCGGGUUCUAAGUAGGCGUAUUGGUUGACCAUGAGGCAGGUGAAUAUGGAAUUUCUUGAGCGUCGAAGAAAAAAGAAAAAAAAAAGUUUAUUUUUAUUUUCGGAAGUUCAAAGACUCGUCAUUGAUCUAGCAAGUUUUUGACGUCUAUUUGGACUUCUAAUUUCUCGAUGUUCAGACCAAAUAUAGAUUCGGCUCCGAACGGAAAAGCAAGGCCGUUUCGGGGUAUCGAAUUAAUUAAGAGCCACGGGAAUAACACUGAGUUCUUUUUUUAAGCUGCGCCAAAGGCUCCAGCGACGUUUAUUCAAAUUGGGUGCGUGUGUGCGACUUUUUCAAAAUAAAAGUGUUUCUGACGUUUAUUUGGAAAUAAUUCCUUGGGAGACUCGAGCGUUUCAAAGUAUUUUUAGACUUUGAGAAGUGAAGAGCUCAAAUAAGUUCGAAUUUGAAUGAAGAAAAAAACACUUUCAUUUAUGUUUUAUCAUGUUCCGAACAAGUCUGUGGAGCUUAUUCUACAAAAACGCUGAAUCCGUGUCUUGCAAGACGGUAAAAAGCUUAUGAAUUGGAAUCUAAUCUGUCUUCGACUAACUUGCAAAUGCUGGGGCUGAGAUAUUUCCUGUCGCCGUUCCGGUUUUCCUUUUAACUGCCAGGGAUGCAGUCGUAAACAAGGGAGAAAAGUCUUUUUCCAACUUGAAUUUAUUUUCUUUUUUUUUUUUCAAAACUCUGUUCACAAUCGAAAAUUCUAAUGAAAACGAAAUGAAGAUGAAAUUUGAAAUUUGAUACAUAUUAUAUAAUAUACUUCAAAAAGGAAUUAUAAUUGGGUGCUUUAGAUCUGAGAAGCUUAAGAAAGAAUUGAAAAUAGAAAUUUCAAAAAUUCUUGAAAAUUUUAUUUCAGGAAAAUUCUGCAAAAACUCUUCAAAAAUUGACUAAUUCGGGAUUUCUGCAUUCUUCAAUGUUUGAAAAAAAAUAGAGAAGCAUCAAACAAAGGAAAAUAUGUGAUGUGUUUACGGCGAACCGCUUCGCGGCCGCAUCCGUCACAAUCACGAAGGCCGCGAAAAUCAGGCGUUGUUUCUAUUACUUUCAAAACGAUGGCCUUGGGAGUUUGAAGAACGCAAAAAAGAAAUAAACAAGUAGUCCUUUUCUGUCAAAUUGUUCUCUUGAAGUAGUUAUGGCAAAUGCUGACUGAAUUAGUGUCCGGGACGUUUUAUGAGAUGCAAUGGACCUCCGAGGCCUCGCUUUCCUCUGUUUUCCUCCCACUUCUCCGGCAGUUCCAGUCCUGAACUAGGCGUUGUUCUUGCCGACUUUCCAGGUGUUGAUCGUUCAGAUGGACUGGAUGUUCAAGAUCCCGUUGAUCCGAGGUUUGGCUUCGAAAUCGAACCCCUAAGGAGUUUUCAACGGUUUUCCAGAAGCUUUUCGCAGCUAGUCCAAAAGAACUCUGCGCGACAAUUUCUGGCAAAGUGUAAUUUGUCCUGGGAUGUUGGGUUUUCUUGGCGACUCGGCUCACUCUUUCCUUGCGCUUUCAAGUUUGGAACUCACCCUUAUUCGGCCACUUUUCCGACCUCUGUAAUUUCCGGCUUUUUAUCCUCUCAAUUAUGUAUAUGCCUCUCAGCGUUUUAUUGUGUAUAAUUGGGCCUUUUUUCUCGGCCUUGUCGUCUCAGAUUUUUCUUGAUGGUGGUCGUUUGGUAGCUCUCAAGAUUCCGUUUCGGCGUCCGGAAUAUAUUUUAUUCUUUUUUUUUGAGUAAUUUUUCUCCGUAAAAUUACAGUUUCUCCGAAAAUACCUACUGUAAUUUUAGUAGAAUUUUACGUAACUAGAAAUAAAGCAGAGAAGUUUUUUUCAAAAGCCGAUUUAGCCAUUACUUUCAAGAACUUCUUUGCCUAUUGAAAGCGUCUCUCAGACCUUGAGAUUUGUUCAUAGGUUCUGAUCUAUUUUCUCAAUUCUAUUUUUGAGUCCUUUUUUCAGAAUCUGCUUCUCAUUAGAGAAACUAUUAUGGAUUUUUGAUGUUGCUAUAAGGAUGAUUAUAAUGUCGAAAAAUUAAUUCUCCAAUAAAUUUUCUAGAAUUCCUAUUCCAAAUAAUAAAACACGCACAACCUGAUCAUGAAAUAUUGAACUUUUUCUUCUGAGAAAAUGUCCAAACAAAUGCAAAAACUGUGGUUUUUCUAGAAUAUCGAGUUUUUGGCCGCAACCUAAGUGUCUAACGCAAACACAAGAAAACGCCUUUUCUGAUGAAAAAUUCCAGAAGUGUCCAGUUACUUCAUGUAUUUCAUAACGAGUGUUGCAGGCGGAAUCGCUGCAGCGACGACGAGCGCGACGGCGACGGCGAUGGGCGGUCGUGCCGGGUCCGGCGGCGGCAACGCGUCGCCCAUGUACCCAGCGACGGUAAUCACCUUUUUGUCUCUUCCACAUGAAUUGAACUCAUCUUGAUAAAUUGAAGAAAGAAACUUUGCUGAAACGUACUAGAAUCCGUAAAAAAUGAUUUUUGAGGUAUUAAUGUCAUUUUUUCGAGCUUUUUUUUAUCGGAUGGUCCACUCGGAAUUAUACGCAAGUUCAUGUUUUUUUAUAAAAAAAAUAUUGAUUUAAAAAAAGUUAGAAUUCUUGCAAAAAGCCCAUUUUUGCAGCAAAGAUGCUCUAUGGACGAAAUAGCAUUUUUGAAUUUUCCUUUAUUUUUCUCACCAUCUCCAGAUUUAAAUUUUUUCUGUUGCUCUCUUGUAUCAUUCUGCCAUAAGAGCCACCGAUUAAGAUAAAGUUUUUAUAUAUUUGGAACAUUUAUUUUGCAAAAGUUUUCAUCAUAGGAAAAAAGGAGUUUUCAACAUAAAAAUAAAUAAAUAAAUGCCUUUUGAGCGGAAUUCGAAAAAGUGAAGUGCUUUAUUAAAAUAUUAAUUAUUGGAGGAAACAGAAGAUGCGAGUUUCGGACCUUCGAAGAGUUAUUCUCGUAGUUUUAUCGCAAUAAUUUGAAGACGUCGAGAAGGUCGUCGUUGGACACUGGCGACGAGGCGACGUCGCCUUCUGGAUGUCGUCAUAAGCCCUCGUCCCAUUUCGUUCUUGAACUUCCCGCCGUUUCGAAUCGAUGUGCGUUUCAUUCAUUUGGAAAUUAAGAAGUUAGAAAGUGCAGCAGUAAUGGUUUUGGAAUCGAGAGUUUUUUGACCAUUUUUUGAAUCUUUCAGCCGAUUUUCUUCUUUUCUUUUCAGAAAGUUCUGCUCUCAUUUUUCCGCUUUUCAGCUUGAAUUUCCGACUUAUUAUUUUUUCUACGAGUGUAAGCUUUUACGGGCUUCUCUUUGGAAAAAAGAAGUUGGUUAUCCUCUACAUGAUUUUUUACUUGUUUUCGAUGGUAUCGACCCAAUUAUUUCUCUCAAUUCUAACCUCAAAAACUUCUUCGAUAGGUUCAAGUUGGGAAAUAUUUUGGAGGAGCGGUUUUCGAAUGCAUUUUUGAGCGAUCGCCAGAGAACAAAAUGUUCUCAGGCUGUUAUUGGCUCGUUUUUUGGGACGGAAAUGUCCUCAUACCGCCGCUUCUCCCAUUGAUACUCCACAAAGGCGUCCGAUAGAGUGGAGUUUGGGAAGAAGGAGGGAAACCUUGGCAUUUUCGGGUUGAGUGAUGUCAUUAUGUAUCUGUCAAAGUAAGCGAAAUCGGAGAUACAAAUCAAACUCUGUUUGUCAGAUCGAGCCGGUAUUUUUCUUGACUUUGUGGAUAUGAAACUUCGAAAAGCGAGCCAUGAAGAAUUACUUCACAACUAAUUUCUUGAUUUAAAAAAAUGUUUAUAUCUUGUAUUCUUUUGGAAACCCUCACUUUAUGACGAUAUUCAUGUUUUAAUCACCUCGCCCAGGCGAAGCUUUGCAAACGGGAGAAAAAUGCGAACACAUUACUUGUCACACUAAGACAUUACGCAUUUAUUGGAAGAAGACGUCCAAAGAUGCGGAAAUUAAAUUUUCUCUCGUUCUGAAAUGAAAAAGAAAAAAAUGCGCGAUAUGUGGGAAAAAAUAGUAGAAUCCGCUUUGUUGGGCUUCUCCUCGUGAGGGGGAUUUUCGGAAUAUCCUUGGAAAUGUGGGAGUUUGAACGGAGGGAACGGGGGGAUUGAUCUACGCCAAUUUUUUUUUUUUUUGAAAUGAUCAAUUAUUUUAUUUUUUCUGCUCAUAAAAUUGCUGAGAAUUUGUAUGUGUCUUGUUUCCCUUCAAAUUUGAAAAAAUGUGGCUUGAAGGGACUAAAACUCUACUUAAAGUUGAAAAAUUAGACAAUUAGGCUUUUCGUAUGUGAAAUACCUCAUAACUAAUCCAGAAGAUUUAUAAGAUCAGAAGGAAACCAUUUUUUUAUUUGUUUUUUUAUUAAUUUAUAAAAAAAUUUUUUUGUUGAAAAGUUGUGUUUUUUUAAAAAUAAGAGGCGUUUCUUUCAUGCGCUGAUCUAAAAAUAGUUUUUUUAGUUCCUUAUUUUUUUGGAAAAUGAAGUAAAAUUUUUCAGUCUGUAUGUCACUGCGAAAAAGUGAAUUUAUAAAAAAUAUCUGCUGUAUUUCAAAAGCACCUUGAUAUGAGUAAAAUUUUUGAAAUAAUCAGUUCUUUCCAUAAUUUUUUCAAUGUCGAUUUGACCAAAACUCACUUUUUCACAAGUCCCUACCUAAUAAUUUUCACAAUAUUUUUGAAUCCUAUUUCUUUCGAUGUCCUUACUGUUGUGGAAAUCAGUGUUCUAGUUAUUAUGAACUCAAAAUUCACGUCUCCAAGAAGCACUCAGAUCUCGGCAUUUCGAAGCAGAAAAGAGCCACAAAAGAUAAGCUUUUUAUUGCAGUCCUAUGACAUUUUCAUCGAGAGCAUUCCGCGAAAAAUAUGUUGAUAGAUUAUUUGAGGAUUAUGGCUACGGUAAUGUUAUUGUUUGAAUAGAUAAAUGAGAAGUUUGACCUUGUUGAACAGAGGAAAAUAAUGAGAAUGAUGUGGAUGGAAAAAAAAAGUCUUCAUGAAUAAUCUUUCCUAAUAUAGAAAAAGAGGAGAAUGACCCAGAAUGAACACGAGCAAUGGUCUUGGAGCGAAAAGUUCGAAUUGAGAUAAUAUAAUUUAUUAAUCGCGGUCUUGUGAUAAAAAAUAUUACGGAAGCCUCUCUUCUUGUGCACUUUUUUUUGUUAAAAUUGUAAAAUCGUUUGUAAUUGUCUCGAGCUAGCGGUUAAUGAACUGUAAUCAUGAAGAAGUUUCUUGUAGUCUGAGCUCUGGGAUUUUUGAAAAUUUGGUGAUAGAUAUGGGGUAAGAGAGUUUACUUUUAAGGAAGGAUUAGGUCUCAAACCAAAAAUGGUUUUUUUGAAAGUGUAUACCUCUACAACUAGACACUUUGAGGGCCUUCAUCUGUACCUUUCGGGGUUUUUUUUCUAGCGAAAUUACACAGGACUCCAAAUUUCACCUCAAAAUGACCGCAGGUGUUAGAAAAUAAAUAUCUUCCUGGCAUUAUGCCAUAGAAAAAGGACACUUUUUUUCUCUGAAUGAACCUCGAACGCACUCAACGAAAAGAUGCAACUCAUUUGAUUAGACACAAUCGACCGACGACUUCAUUCUGCAAGAUCCGACCGCGAGCAAGUGCCGGACUCUCGUUAGCCGCCUUGUCCGGGAUCCUGCAGCAGGAAGCCUUUUUUGGCCUUUUCAAACCUCGCAGCUUUUCCUAGGGGUUUUCGGUUUUUUCUUUUCGCAAGAAUGGUAAAUGGUUUGUCUAGAAGUAGUCCCACGUUAGUUAUUCAGAUCGAUUGAUCCAAGAAAUUUACCUUUAUCACACGUGAGGUAGAGAUGAAAUCCAUUACAACCUCUGCUCUGAAUAACCUCAAAUAUUUUCUAAUAGUUAAAAAACAAUGAAAGAAGACAAUUUUUUGGAGGAAGAGUAAUGUGCCUCGAUCUUUUCCAUGUUUAAAAAUUUAGUUAUUUCUUCAGGUAAUUCAUAAAGUAAUAUGGAAAUCGAGUUGAUCAAAAGCUGGUAGUUUCUAAUUUUUGAAGAUCUUUUCAAAUUAAGGUGUAAAUAAUUUUUUUCCUGUCAAAAUAAGAAUCAAAAAGUUUCAAAAAGUUAUCCAGAAAGUAUCCAGGAUAUUUGAAUUUUUUUUUUCAAAACUGAGGCUUUUGAAAGAUUCAAAUAGAAGACAUUUUUAUAGUAAGCUCACGAUUUUUUAUUACGAAGAAAAUCUUAUUAACUUUCAGUAUUUCUCGAAAAUUUGCCAAGCUUCAUAGUUUUGAGAAUGCUCAUUAAAAAUGUGUAGCCUAACCUAUCGAUGUAGGCUUCUUCGAUACCAAGUGGCACACGGCGUUUUACUCUAGUAAUUAAAGUUUUCGGUUAUCUCGAUCUUGAUGCGAAUUCUUCUGCAUCUCACUAUCUUUUUUUUUGCGGCAGUCCAAGUAUUUUGAAAUAGCUUAGUUGUAUUCAUUUUACGGGGAUAUUUAUAGAGAUUUAUAGCUUUUCAGCUUUUUUUUUACGAUUAUGGGUAGUUUUUAAAAUUUUAUUGUUUCAUAAAUUUCCCUUGUUUUUCAAUUUCCUCAGCGCAAAAAGCAACGCGUUUAAUUUUAAUUGCGUGUGAUUUUAUUUUACAAGAAAGGUAAUUUUAUUUUUUGGUUUAGUUUUUUCUAAAAAUUGACCAGAAUAUUCCUUUGACGUACCAGAUGAAGGUACAGAAAUUCACAACCUGCAUAGCUUUUUAAAUUCUCAAGAAAAAAAGGUCUUGGAAUCGGAGGAAAUCGUCGAAAUUCGUAAAAAUAGGCUUUUUCUUUAAAAAAUUAUCUCAAAUAAUCUUUUUGAAAAAAAGACAUCUUUUUUUACAUAAUAAAAAAAUUCUUUAAAUUUUUCAAAAAGCCGCUUCAGAGAUAGCCGGCAAACAGAUAAAAGUACUAAGAAGGACUAUAAGUCGAAUUUAUACUCGUUGAGUCCUUGAUGCUGAUUAUAGUUCAUUUUUUCCUACUUUUUUCUACUUUUUCUUUAAUUUACAAACUUUGCCAUUUACGGGAAAAGGUAGACAUGGGACCAAAGUGACGAACAAAAAAUUGAGAGAGUUGGACAAAAAUCGGAAAGAGCAAAGGAAAGGAAUGUAAAUGCGAUUUAGGGCCCAGUCAAAAACGCUGCUCUCUUCUUCUUGCUUUUCACUUUCCCUUAUUGCCGCAAAAAGGCUUUUUUUCUUGCUUUUGUAGUUUGAAACAGUGUGUGGUCGAUUCGAAACAUAUAUCUGCUCUUUUUAAAAUUGAAAAUAGGGUUGAAUCUUUGAAGUAGGAAUCAGCUCUGUGUAAAAAAUUAUGAAAGUUUAUUCACAAAAUUUUUUUAAACGUAAAUUGCUUACUGUUUUAUUCGAAGGCUCAUACCCUCUGGUAUUAUUUUUACAAAAUUUUAGGUGUUUUUCAAAGAUCGUAAUUAUUAUUUUUUUGCGGAGAAAUGUGUGCUGUUUUUUUAAAAUUUCUUUUGAUUUCUUAACUCAUCGAUUCCAUUUUUAGCCUUUUAAACUUCUACAUAAUCCUACUUUUUUUCCUGUUUUUUUGGGCAAUUUUUUUAACUGAAGGAAUUUUUUUUUAGAAGAAAUGAGAUCAGCUUAAAAAUUAGUUUAGAGGAACCCAGAAUAAUUGCUUUUCGUUCAACUUCAAAAGAAAAGGUUCCCUCGAAAUGUUUUGGUCAGCCUUUUUUUCGAAAUUGUUUUCUCGGAAUUUCCAUUCUUCUUUUUGGAAGUAUUCUCGAUUUUUUUUGCUCACAGGUUUUUAGAAAAAAAACUUAGUGAUAGGAAAAGCUUAUAAGUUUGAACUAGAAGUUCGCUCUAUAGCUAAUUAUGACGAGAAAAAAGAAAGCUAGCGAUCAAAUUACAUGUUCAUCCGCCAAUGAGUUUCAACUUCUCCGCCCGAUGGACCAUUGAAAUUUUUAUAUUUCAGUUCACUUUCACCCGUUUCGAACACGAAAUUCGUACUUUUUGGUCGGCUUGAGUUAUAUCGAAAUCAGUAGCUUCAAGGACAAAGACUUGAAAAUAUAAAGAUGCUGAAAACCAAGGAAAAAAAAAGUAAAAAAGUAAAAGGAAAUAAAAUGUUUCUUUGAAAUGAAAUCUUUCUUUUUUUAUAAAUAAGAGAACGGGAUCUGUACAUAUUUUUGAAUGAGCGCUGAGUUCCAAUUUCAGAUACACAAUGAUUUAAGUUUUUGCUAGAUAACCCAUAUUUGAAUGAUCUUAUGCUCGAAAAGCUUCUAAGACUUCUUUUUUGUCUUCCUCAUAACUGCGAAUUUUUAUCCUCCUGAAUUCAUAAUUAUUGAGAUUUUCCUCUUCUAGCUUUUUCAAUGUCCACCGCAUCGUUUUUGACGAAAAUCUCAAUAAACUUGAAAAAUGAUGUAUUUCAGAAAUGCAUCUGUUGGGGUCCAAUGAAUCCUGAAUGAAGUGGUUUUGACGCCGCGAUUCGUCCCAUAAUUCGCGGCCAGACAAAAAAGGACUUCCAGUAAAGAUAUCCUUGGAGAGAAAUUGGGCUCAGUUCGUCCCAAUUUUCCGCCCAUUUUCUGCUUCUCUUCAGAAAUUACUCGCAUAUUUGGGCUGUUCUCAAGUUUUUCAAGUUGUUCAAGUAUCGCUAUUCGCGCUGCUGAUAUUCUUUUGAAACUCUCGAUUCCGAAACCCUAGGAAUUACUGCUGCAAAUCUGGAAAAUGUCGGGUUCAAUGUUAACUUCUUCGAUGCUUAUAGUGAGGAAGCUCAGCGAGGCCUUCUUCAAUGCUCAACACGGCGACAAAAUCGGUCAGUUCCUCUUUUUGAACUUUUUUUUUGCCUUAUCACGAGUUAAACAAGUCUCAAAGAUAUCACAUUUGAAAAAAAUAAAUAUUCAGCAGGUCGAAUGAUCAGUUUGGCUCUCAGAAGUUUAAGUAAUGGAAUCAGAAAGAAAAUAGAAAUGUUUAAUAAAGUCACUCGGUCGUGUAGUUCAUCCAUUUCAGCUGCUUGCAGAAAAAUUCAAAGUUUAUGUUGAAAUUAGCCAUUCUUUGAGAUCAAAACGUUCUCCAAUGAUUCCAAUGAACUCUGGGAUCAUUAUCUAUAUAUUUAAAAAGUUCUCCAAAGGAAAAACUUUUUUUGUCAUUUUAUUAUGGCUGCAAAAUUGCGUCAAAUAACUUAGAAAAAAUUUUUUUUGAAUCGAUAAAGAUUAGUACAGAAAAUAAUUAAUGCAAAGCACGAUGAACUUCUAUUUGUCUGAAUUGCAGGACUGUUUUUUCCUUUCGCUAAAAAUUAUUCAUAGAACUUGGCGUGAGUGGGUGUGUUUUCGUUUUUUAUAUUUUUCCCAAUCUUGGAACUCAAAAAUAGGCUCUGUGAAUAUUUAUUUUCGAAUUCUCGAAAAUCUUGUUGCUACGACUGAAAGGGCUUGCGUUCCAAAUUUUUGCGAUUUUUACCACUGAUAUUUUUUUCCAUAACCAUUAUUGACUUGAAAUUUUUUAAUGGACUAUCUCUGAAAUCUGUAAUAUCUUCGGAAACUCAGAGAACCUUUAUUUCUUUGAGGUGUUCUUCUACUGGCUGUAGCUGAACGAUUUUCGCUCGGUUUUUGGAACUAUUUACGAGACCUAAAUUUAUAAAUAAGAUUGAAACUUCUCAAAUAAGUUGAAGUGAUUAUUUUUCCCAAAAUGUUUUUUUGAAAUUAAUCUACGUUCAUCCAAACGCUCAAACAAGCAUUACAAACAAAUUUCUUUUUCCAAAAAAAAAUCUGGUUGGAAAUAAAUAAAGCAUGACGUGGGGAAGGACGGCUCUUUACUAUUUCUGUCAUCUUCUGGUUAUUUAUCCGCUUCUUGACGUCAUACCAGGCCGUCCUCUGUAAUUAAGUGAAAAGGAAAGGCUCCAGGAUUCAUUUAUCAUCUGGAUCGAUUCUCACAUUUUCAGAUCUAAAUUUGCUGUCAGUUCUAAGAAGAACCGAAUAACUGAAGAGGUUUUUGAGAUGAGUAGAUUAAUUUGAUUCUUGUUCGAGGUUUUCUCAUCUCUUUUCCUUUUUUGCCCUAAGAUUAUGCCGGAUUUCUGGGAAUCCUCUUCCAAAAAAGGGCUGCGAUUCCUUUGAGAGAUAUUCUCCGUGCUCCACUUCCUCCUUCAGAUUCAUACGUUCUUGUUUUUCGGGCAAAGGGUGAAACAUUCUAGUUUUGGUGCUUGAAUAGUUUGUAUUUUUGGAACAUUAAAUUUUUUUCAAUAUUAAUGAGAAAGAUCUUUUUUAAACUCUUCGUAUUGCUGGUCCAAGUAAAGGCUUUACUGUAAAGCAGAGAAUCUUUAAAAAAAUUUAUUUUUAUUCUGUUGAAAAAAACUUAGAGUGGCUAUUUACGAUUUAGAAGCUUUCUGGAAUCAUUCAAAAAAAAAAUCAAAAAAGAUUUGAGGACAUCCAAAUGAAAAAUAUAUAUGAAUAAAAAAAAAAACUUUUUUUGCACUAUUUUUUUCCGAAUAAUUCAGAUAUUUCCGGAAGUCGUUUUUUUGAAUUUCUAUUCCAACAAAAAAAUUUUCUAUUCCAACAAAAAAUUGAAUGACUCACAGCGUAACGGCUGCGAAGCAGUUAUCAAUAAAGAGCGCCAGACCAAAAUCGACUUACGCGUCUUCAUAUGAAGCUUCUUGUGAGUCCAACAGAAACGGCUGAGCCAUUCCAAGUGCUACCAAAACGUUCAAUGUCGUGGCGAUUAAAGUGUAACUUCUGAUAACCAAUCAUUUUUCACGUAGAAAGAACACGGGAUGCAUGGAAGACUUGGCUGGCCGUUCAAGUUGUUCUGCUUGGUUUCCUUCUUUCUUUUCUUCCCUUUUUUUGAGGACAAUUGUCGCGAAAGUCGAUUUGUGCAACACGGCGUGUAUCUUUAUUGGCCCCGUAGGAAAUCAGCCCACGUAUUUCCUGCUUUCGCUCAACGAAUUCCCCGCUUCUCCGAGAGCCUUCUGA